UAACUACGAAUCCCAUCAUGCAUCUGAAUUUGCCAAAAUGGCGACGACCACGAACCAGCAAGGUCACCAAAGUGACGUGGGUGUUUUUGCCUCCGAAGUUGACGAAAUGAAGGAAAGAAUCACCGAUAAACUGCAGCGUCGACAGGAUGAGAGGGUAGCCAAACUCGAGGAAAUAAAAACUCAGCGAGAAUCAGCCACUGGGAAGCAGGAGAAUGCCGAUUAUUUCAGGAGUAACUUCACGAAGGAGAAGGCCGCCAUUGAAAAUCGCCUGGCCGCGGUCAGUAAUAACGUUGACAAGUCGGCACUUACUGACUUAUUUGACGAGCUCGUCACUGAUGUCCAGAAGCUGCUGAAGUUUGUCACCGAGUCAACGCUUUCCCUGACCUCCUACCAGAUUCGUAAAUUCCAGGAUGAGGUUUACAGUCUUUAUGCUGACGUUGAAGCGAAACGAAAUGAACUCAUCCCAAAGAAGAAGUUUGCCUUCAAGGGCAGACAGAAAAAGUCAGACAAACCAAAACAAGUUGACAAACCCAAAGCUGUUGUGGAAGAGGUGGAUGGUCCAGCAAAGAUCCCCAAAGACUUGCUGAAAUUUCAGUGUGGUUUUGUUGACCUGUCUGAUUCUGACAUGACACUAAAAUCUGAUGAGAUUCAAGCCAAAGAUGUUGGGCUGACCAGCCUCAAUUCAUGCACCGUGAAGCUGUUUGGAUCACCAAAUGCCAUACACAUGAAUAAUCUGAAAAACUGUAAGGUGUUUUCAGGUCCCGUGCCCGGCUCCAUAUUUGUUGAUAAUUGCCAAGACUGCACCAUUGUAGUGUCUUGUCAGCAACUACGCGUACACCACACCACUGCGACCCAAUUCUAUCUUCACGUCACUAGCCGUGCGAUUAUUGAGGACACGUCUGGUGUUGGCUUUGCCCCAUACAACUGGAGCUACGAGGGUCAGGAAGAAGACUUCCAGACAAGUCAGCUUGAUCGUAGCCGUAACAGCUGGGAUGACGUGGAUGACUUCAACUGGCUAGCCAGCGAUAAAGCCUCGCCUAAUUGGAGCAUCAUACCCCCUGAAAAACGAGUUGCUUCUUGGUAGUUAAAUUGAAAAUCUAACAAAUUGCCAAAAAUGGAAAAUUGUCUUAAUUGUUUAAAUUAACCCUAACUCCUUCAGUCCUUCUGAUUUGAGGCGUGCGAUCACACACCAACACCAUUGCACACCUAAAAGCUUCCCGAGAAGUGUGAAUAAUUACACGCCUGAAUUUCCCUGGACCACAGAUCACACACCUAGAAAAGUAGAAGACCACACACCUAGAAAAAACACACACCUAGAAAAAUCCAGGUGUGCCUUUUUCCACACGCCUGUGAUUUUCAAAUCAGAAGGACUGCUUCUUAGGCCAAAAAAUAAAUAGUUCUGCUUCUGGUUACCUACCUACUCUGACAGCCCUGCCUAUCCUAAUUUUUUUAUGGGAAAAA